GAUUCCCAAUGCCUGCUGUGACGGUCAGCUGCAAAAAAGUGUGGUACCAGUGCAGCCUUUUCUGCUCUUGUUUCAUUUAGACUGAAUGUGCUGAAGGAUGGAAGUGCGCGCAAACGGAGCCUUCACGCUCCUGAGUGGACUUUGGAAAUGUAUGGAGAGCCUAAAAGGGACCCCUGACACAAAAGAGCCUGAAAGUUGGGGUUUUACAAUGAUACCUUACUUAUGCACCAGUUAAGGAACAUAAAUGAUAUUUCUUCGCUCAACUUCAUGUAUUUGGUGCACUGAGGACCCUGUGAAGAAGAGCCAUGGCAGUGUCAAAAAUGCUCUUCUCUGACGUCGAAACUUUUCUGGACUCGCACCCCGACUUAUUUGAGGACUAUCUGAAUCGAAAGGGGAAUUAUGGCAUGGUGGAGAAAUGGCUCAAGAAUCAUCAGGCGAGCAAAAGUAAUUCAGCGGCAGCGGCUCCCAGCGAGCCUCGGGAGGAGAAGAGCUCCGCGUGUAAGGACAGCUGGGCGAGUAAAUGUGAUGGGCUGCAGAGGAGAGCCUCACAGAAGGAGCUCCGGAAAACUUUUGCGAGGUCAAAAGCGAUUAAUGUCAACAGAACGUAUGACGAAUAUGUGAAUUCUAGGGCACAAGAGCCGCUAACUAGCAUGAGGAGGAGAGCGCUGCUGAGAAAAGCCAGCUCUCUGCCCCCGACCACUGCGCACAUCCUGAGCGCUCUGCUUGAGUCCAGAGUUAACAUCCCACAGUACCCAUCCACCGCUGUGGAUUUUAAAUAUUACCUCAAAGAGCACAACGAAAGAGAGUUUUUCUUAGAACUGGUCAAAGACAUUUCAAAUGAUCUGGAUUUAACAAGCCUGAGCUAUAAAAUCCUCGUGUUUGUGUGUAUUAUGGUCGACGCAGACCGGUGCUCCUUGUUUUUAGUGGAGGGCACAGGAAAUAAAAAGACAUUAGUGUCUAAAUUCUUUGAUGUACACGCUGGUACCACAGUUCUGCCCUCAAUGAAUUCUGAUGAAGUUCAAGUGCCCUGGGGAAAAGGCAUCAUUGGCUAUGUGGCUGAACACGGAGAAACAGUGAACAUUCCUGACGCUUAUCAGGACCGUCGAUUCAGUGAUGAAAUUGACAAGUUGACAGGCUACAAAACCAAGUCACUUUUGUGCAUGCCCAUUCGGAACAGUGAUGGGGAGAUUAUUGGAGUAGCUCAGGCCAUCAACAAGACCUCAAGUGGAGAACUCUUCACUGAAGACGAUGAAAAGGUUCUGCAGAUGUACCUCCCCUUCUGUGGGAUUGCCAUCUCCAACGCUCAACUCUUUGCUGCCUCCAGAAAGGAAUAUGACAGGAGUCGGGCACUCUUAGAGGUCGUCAAUGACCUGUUUGAGGAGCAGACUGACCUGGAGAAGAUUGUCAGGAAGAUCAUGCACCGUGCCCAGACAUUGCUUAAGUGCGAGCGCUGUUCAGUGCAGCUGCUGGAGGACAUUGAGUCACCGGUGGUCAAGUUCACAAAGUCAUUUGAGCUGCUAUCUCCUAAGUGUAGUGCUGACACUGACAGCAGUUUCAAAGACAGCAUGGAGAAAUCUUCUUACUCGGACUGGCUCAUUAAUAACAGUAUUGCAGAGCUGGUAGCCUCCACAGGACUGCCUGUAAACAUCAGUGAUGCCUAUCAAGAUCCACGCUUUGAUGCUGAGGCCGACCAGUUUUCAGACUUUCACAUCCGCUCUGUGCUUUGUGUUCCUAUAUGGAACAGCAACCACCAAAUUAUUGGUGUUGCUCAAGUACUUAACAGACUGGAUGGAAAGCCCUUUGACGAUGCAGAUCAGCGUCUUUUUGAGGCAUUUGUCAUUUUUUGUGGACUGGGCAUCAACAACACCAUCAUGUAUGACCAGGUGAAGAAGUCCUGGGCCAAGCAGUCUGUAGCAUUGGAUGUGCUGUCUUACCAUGCCACUUGCUCAAAGACGGAAGUUGACAAAUUUAAGGCAGCUAACAUUCCUCUUGUAUGUGAACUGGGCAUUGAUAAAUUGUCUUUUGACGAUUUCUCCUUGGAUGUGGAUGCCAUGAUUACAGCUGCUUUACGGAUGUUUAUGGAGUUGGGAAUGCUGCAGAAGUUUAAGAUUGACUAUGAGACACUAUGCAGAUGGCUGUUGACAGUCCGAAAAAACUACAGAAUGGUUCUUUAUCACAACUGGAGACAUGCCUUCAACGUCUGCCAGUGCAUGUUUGCUAUGCUAACGACAGCGGGGUUUCAAGAAACGCUAACAGAGGUGGAGAUCCUGGCUCUCAUUGUGGGCUGUGUGUGCCAUGACUUAGACCACCGCGGCACCAACAAUGCGUUUCAGGCAAAGACGGGCUCAGCUCUGGCAUUGCUCUAUGGGACCUCUGCUACCCUGGAGCACCACCAUUUCAACCACGCUGUUAUGAUCCUGCAAAGCGAGGGUCACAACAUCUUCUCCAACCUGUCGUCCACAGAGUACAGCGACCUCAUGCAGCUGCUCAAACAGUCCAUCCUGGCCACAGAUCUCACGCUCUACUUCGAAAACAGGAAUAUAUUCUUUGAGCUGGUGAGUAAAGGGGAGUACAACUGGAACGUGAAGGCACACAGAGACAUGUGCAGAUCCAUGAUGAUGACUGCAUGUGAUCUUGGUGCUGUAACCAAACCUUGGGAUAUUUCAAAGAAGGUGGCUGAGCUGGUGACCAGUGAGUUCUUUGAGCAGGGAGAUCGAGAGAGAUCAGAGCUGAAGCUCACACCCUCAGCAAUCUUUGAUCGAAACAGGAAGGACGAGUUGCCGGGGCUCCAGCUGGAGUGGAUUGAUGGCAUCUGUUCUCCACUCUACGAGACUUUGGUCAAGUUGAAUCCUAAACUUCAGCCAAUGCUUGACAUGAUCCAAGCAAACAGAUCCAAAUGGGAAGAACUAAACAAAAAGAGACAGCGCGGCCAGAGCAUCUCUGCUCCAACAAGCCCCCGCAGCGCUGACAGCUCUGAACCAAGUGGGGGCGCUGCAGCUAAAAUGGGCAGCACCCCAUGUUGCAGUGGUGCUUCUGAAAGCACGCCUUCUAAACCUGUUAGUUAGCUUCAGCUGCUGCCUCACAGCCAGGCUUUUAAGCUUCUUUACUCUUAAAGCAGCCUGCAGAGAAAGCAGAGCAAUUCACACAGAGUGUGUGGAGCUUUUGAAAGAUGAGCUUUAGACACCAGAGCGGUGCUAUGUUGAGUUUUCUGCUCCCAACAGUGUGGAGGGCUGAAGGCUUCUCACACAUGUGUUUGGCCAGUUUGUGGGAGAAGCUAAAGAUACAGAACAUCAGGAUGAACCAUACAAUCUAUGGGAUGAACACUUUAAUCAAUGUCAACAUGUCAACUGUGACCCACUGCUGCUCUUCUGGGCAUUACACAGAUUUCAGCACAAUAUAGAAAGAAUCCUGGUUUGCAUUCAUGUUUGCUAUUCGCACAUUGUGUUUUGGACAAAAGUUAUUUUUUGUAAAUGUGUAUAUAGGCUACUGAAAAUAAUGUUAUUUAUAAGUGCAGUUUAAAUGUACACUCGGGAAUGCAGUUUGAUAGUGAAGGAUGGAGGAGUGCAGUACAGCAGGAACUAUGACAGUGCUUGCAAUGCAAAUUGAGUGCUCCUUUCCCUUCCCUACUGUGCCUUGUUUUAAGAUUCUAAUGAAAAAUGCAUGGCCUCCUCACCAGGAUUCAUAUACAGAAUGAAAAUCAAUUUUGAAAACAUGAUGCAUUUUUUGUCACAAUUUAUAAAACCAAUGACAAACUUUGUCAAGCACGUUAGCUCCAGAACAUGUAUCCAUACCACUCAGAACCACCACUUUAAUGACUGCAUUGUCUUCAUCCACAGACUAACUCAAUGUGCCUUUUUAACAUCUCGUAUCCCCAUUGUCUUCAGAAUACAUCCCUUUUUAGUAGACACUGAAACGUACCAUUUGAAAUAGUCUUGAUUUGAAAGGUUAUGCCUUAUGCCUUGCGUUGUAGCUUUGUUGAAGUUGUUCACAAUGUGUGGCAUGGAUCAGUGUUCUGCUGUACUGAGUUAAAAAUUUUACUUUACACAUUUGAAUUGCAUGUUUGUAUUGAACCCAAAGUACAGUUUGUAGGAUGUAGCAGUCCUGUGAGCCAACAAAUACCUCAUAUUUUAAACUUCAUUUAGGUAAAGGCGUAGUACCCUUAAAUGCAUGAUUUGAGCUCCUAUUGCAUCAAGUUACGUAUAAAUAUUGCUGUUGUUCUAUUUUUCUAAUACGUUUCCUAUAUGGCCAUGUAUCUUUGCAGACUAAGUUGCAACUACUUAGGCCUAUUCUUCCUUGUUUAAACUCGGAACUUAUUUGUAGUGGGAUCAAAUGAGACAUCCAAGGCAUGAAACGGCAAUGUGCAAUGUUUCUGUAGAGACUUC